UCCGCGCGCCGUCAAUCCCGCCGCGCGACUUCUGUAGGCUGGCAGACUUCCUUCAAUAUUAUUUCUGGGGAGCAGGGUAAAAGUACUAAAAAAUGUUGCCGAGCCACAACACUGGGACGGACUGAAUGGAGGCAACGCUGUCAACGAGCGGAGAUAAUAAAUCCGUCUACAGUCAACCGCAACACACACCGAGCGGCUUGUUGAGUUCUCCGUAAGCGUCCAGCCCUCGGCCUCCCCAUGCCUCCAUCUCCUCUUGACGACAGAAUUGUGGUGGCGCUGCCAAGGCCGAUCCGACCUCAGGAACUCCAACUGCGCCUGGACACCAGCUACCUGGACUCCAUCACCACCAGCAGCAGCAACAAGACAGUCAUCAGCACCACCGUGGUGAAGAUCCGGGCGACGGCCAAUCUUGUAACGUAUAUGCCCUCAUCCAAGGGCUCCACGCGCUCAUUGUCGUGUGGAUGCAGCAGUGCCAGCUGCUGCUCUGUGACUACCUAUGAGAAGGAUAGCCAGAGCCUCAGCCAUAGCCAGGUGAGCGCCAGCAGCCCCAACCUCAGCUAUGCCGGGGCCCCCAGCCCGAUGGUCAGCAAUCAUGAAGCAUUAAGCGCCCCCGGCCUCACCCCCGGCACACCCAAAGGCCUGUCUUCUGUGCGAGUCAUACACCCCAAUGAGCUGGCCAAACGGAUGACCUGCUGCCCCAUGGGUCACCCUAUCGGGCCCAUGCCGGUCAUCAUCGACUGCCGGCCGUUCAUGGAGUACAACAAGAGCCACAUCCGGGGAGCCGUGCACAUCAACUGCUCCGACAAGAUCAGCCGGCGGCGGCUGCAGCAGGGCAAGAUCACUGUGCUGGACCUCAUCUCCUGCCGUGAGGGCAAAGACUCUUUUAAGGGCAUCUUCUCCAAAGAAAUAGUGGUUUAUGAUGAAAGCACCGCAGACCCCAUCCGGCUGACGUCCUCUCAGCCGCUGCAUGUGGUCCUGGAGUCGCUAAGGAGGGAGGGCAAGGACCCCAUCGUCCUCAAAGGGGGUCUCAGCUGCUUCCGACUGGGUCACGAGAAUCUUUGCGAGCAUUCGCUGCACCUCCACGAGGGCCUGGACACCGGCGCGACGGCGAGCCUGACAGGAACGCUACCUCACUCCUUGCCCUCCACUCCGGACAUCGAGAACGCAGAGCUGACCCCAAUCCUGCCCUUCCUCUAUUUGGGGAACGAACACGACGCUCAGGACAUCAACCUGCUGCAGCGCUUGAAUAUCGGUUACAUCCUGAACGUGACCACCCACCUGCCGCUCUACCACUACGACACCGGCCUCUUCAUCUACAAACGCCUGCCCGCCACCGACAGCAACAAGCAGAACCUGCGCCAGUACUUCGAGGAGGCGUUUGAAUUCAUUGAGGAAGCACAGCAAGCAGGUAUGGGCCUUCUGAUCCACUGCCAGGCAGGCGUGUCUCGUUCAGCCACCAUCGUGAUCGCCUACCUGAUGAAGCACACCUGGAUGACCAUGACGGACGCCUACAAGUUUGUCAAAACCAGGAGGCCCAUCAUCUCCCCGAACCUCAACUUCAUGGGCCAGCUGUUGGAGUUCGAGGAGGACCUCAACAACGGAAUCACGCCACGCAUCCUCACGCCAAAGCUGAUUGGUGUAGAGACCGUCGUCUAAAUGGACCCCAGUUUCGCUGUUUUUCAAGACAGGCCCGGCUGCUCUGGGAGCCGGUUGAGAGCAUGAGAGAGCUGCUGUAUUCUUGAAUCUCCUCAUGCUCAUCUUGGACUCUCUGGAGUGCCAAAGCUCUGGGUCAGCGGUGAUGAGAAAUGCCAAAAAUCCCUACUGUUCGGACCUGGCCGACGUCCCGGAGGAGAAGGCAAGUUAGAGAGAUGGAGGAAGUGGUCAGAGGGAGGCUUUCCAUUUGUGACUGCAGAGAAACGAAAGAGAGCUGAGAGAAAAUCGGUUUGGAAAAGAUAUUCUAUGUGCUUAGGGCAAUUACUGACAAGACAAACUCUAGAAGCUCAUACGGUGGCACAUAGUUUAUGCCUGCAGACUCAGGCUUGGGGUUGGCCACGGCAGUGCCUGUCAAAAAAAAAAAAAAAAAAAAAGAUGAAGACUUGUUUGGUGUGUUAAUGUUGUUCUAUUUUUAUACGGGGGUUUAUGGGGGUGACCAUGACAAGCCCACAGUGGCUUACUGUGCAAUAAUUUCAGAGUGGAAUGCAACUGAGACCUUGAUCUUAUCUGUAUAUAUUGGUAAUGAUUACGAAACAUUUCCAGCUCUUUGCUGAAAAACCAUUUUGAUGUUGAUGUACUUACUGUUCAGUUCUGUAAGUUUAUGUUUAAAGUGCGUACAGUUAAGCUGUAAUAUUUGGCGCAGAUGUGUACAACAGAAAAAAAAAAAUGGGGCUUUAUUAUUUUGAACGCAGCUUAUGAUUAUGUCAGUCAUCUGUCUUUAUUGUUUUCCAAAAAUAUACAGAACCACAAAUUUUGUGUGUUUGCUUCAGUAUCUUUGUUUUUGCCAUUCCUGUGUCCACAUAUGCAUAUCUUUUUUAGCAAUAUAUAUAGUAUAUAAAUAUAUUACCAGAUAGCCAUAAGCCUUUUUUAUGCAUGGCUGCUGGCAGAGGCAAGAACACUUUGAAAUUAUCAGUGAAUAUUGUAAAACAGGGCUACUGGUGUUGUUUCAUGUAACGAGUGGAGGAAUUUCACUGCCUGCUUCUGUCGUCUUCUUUUCAUCAGCUCUGUCGUGGUGUGUUUACUGUCCUUGUGUAGUCACAUAUGUUUUUGCUCAUGCCCUAUAUUUGGAGCCAUGGUUUACUUUUUUUCUAAGGUAGCAGAUUUGAGGUACAGACUUCAAACGAACACACGCUUCCUCCUGGGGUCACUAUGGUAGAGCGGUGCGACCCUCAUCUAAUCUUUUGCAACUCCCUGUCGCUGACACUAAGCUACAGUUAAGUGAGCUCCUCUGCCUUGCGUAGGCAAGUGCUGCUGUCACGUGCUGUUCUAGUGCCUCUAUCAAUGCCUUAAUUCAUGUGUCACCACUGGGCCUGCGCACGGCACAACAUCACGUGCAGACGAAUGCAGACUACACUGAGGUCGAAUUUUUAACCCCCAGACAAAAAGUUCCUCUGCCUUUGGUGAGCAUGCAGAUGAAAAAAAAACAAAAAACAGAAAAAAAACACAUUCAGUGGACAUCCAUUCAAAGAUUUCAUCUACAGUUGAUAAUUAAUAUGCAGAGUUUUGAAAAACUGCAUUCAAGGAUGCCAAAAAGCCUUGAGGUAAAAACGCUCAUUAUGUAACUCUGAUCUUGUGGUGGCAUUUGAAGGAGAAACUGAGCACCGCCAUGAAUUGUAAAUCAACUUGGCACUUAAUAUUUGUGUAGUAAAAAGUAUAUGCACGCUCAUGAAAUUGACCCUCUUCCUCUUGCAUCUGAAUAUACUCAGUGAUUCAUGUUAUUAUAUUUAGACAUAUAGAAAAAAUACUGAACGUGCUAGUGAGGCACCUAUUCAUGCCUUCAUUCUCAUCUGAUCCAUUGUGUUUAACAUUACAACAGAUGAUAAUCUAAAUUUAGCAUUUUAACCGGGUCACUUGUUCAAAUGUGCCUAAAAACUUAACAGAGCACAUGGUAUAAAAAGAUCGUAAGAGUUCAAGUUGAUUCUGUGCAUAGCCUUAAAAAAACAUAAGCAUAUAAAACAGAAAAAUACAAAUAGUCUCGGAUCUGAAAAUGAUUGUUUUCAUUGUUUUUAAUCCUAAAUCUUUGCGUUUUUGAUCUGAUUACUUUUGAUUUGACGAACCCAAGGGCUAUCACAGUUUUUCCGAGCAUAAAGGAGCAUGUAAUCCUUCUUGUGAAGUUAUAAUAUGAAAUCCAGACCAAAAUAUAAAGAAGAACAAGGUUUCCAUCCAAUCUUGACCAUAUGUUGAGUGUUUUAUAGUUCUGGCUUGAAGCAGCUUCCUAACAAUAAUAUUUCUUUUCUGUUUGUGUUCAUAUGUCCUUCUGGUUUCUGUUCUGCUCUCUGUUGUUUGCAUGAAAUUAAAGGCAUAAACGAAGCACAGGGCUAACAUUUUCAUCGCCAAAGCACCAAAAAAACCAACAUUUGUUUUUACGUCGCACUCUCUGUGAACCGUUACAUCUUCAAAAGGACGUCGAUACUAAAACCUAAAACCGUUGUGCGUCUCUGUUAUAAUGGCUCAGAUGAAGGAGGAGUUUUCUUAGCAUAGUACCUACAGAUACGCAGUGCACUCGGCAAGGCUUUACAAACACGGACACUCUCAACAAUAAGCUUCAAAGAUCCCUCAUGUGAAAAUUCAUGCUAUGCAAAUGAAACUGUAACAGGUUGUUUGUUUACCCAGCUGUCAUGUGAGCAUACCUGGAGUUGUUUUUAAAGAGGUCUCUGCAAACAGUUCGAGCAUGAAGAACGGUUUUGCAGCCUCGGAGAUUCAAGUAAAGUGUGACUUUUUUUUUUUUUUUUGAGUAAAUCCACAAAGAGAAAAAAAAAAAAAAAGUUUGUGUCCUCACUUGUAUUUUUGUUGCUCUCUGUGUCUACUGGUGCUCCACGAUAUAUUUGAAUAUGAUAAAGGGUAUAUAAUAACCAUUUACCACACAUUUGUAGCUUGUGAAUUUAUAUUUAGUGAUUGCCAUUUACAAAAAGUGCUUACCAUCUGAGCCAAUGUGAGAAAAGAAUAAUAAUGUACCUUUUUUUUUUUUUUUUUUUUUUUUGUCCCAUCUGCUGGUUUCUACAAGCGCUGUGGCACAUGGAUUUUAUAUGUAAUGGUCUCUUUGACUGAACAAUGUAACCGUCGUACUGUACAUUACUCUCCGGUUGGAAAAACGAAGCAUGCUGUGUGCUCCUGGUCUGUGAGGGACACUCGCAGCCGUUAUGGUGCUGUCUGUCUUUCCCACACUGCUCUUUCUUGUAGAGGUCACGUCUAAGGCGAGCUUGAUUGAUUGACAGCUCCGACGGGCAUCCGGGUCCCUUCCUUUUGUUUGGAAACACAGUUCUUGUAUUAGAACAAUAUGGAGCUGUCAUAUCUGAUGUGCACUCUUUAUGACUAGACUUGUUUUAAGAGUCUCCGAUUCGGGCUCAGAGGCCUUUGAUGAAUGGGCUUCGCUCUACAAGUCUUGGUAUCUUUCUUUGUGUCUGUAGUCAACGGUCAAGUAUAUACAGUAUAUAAAUAUAUAUCUAUUUUCUUUGUAUGCAUAUAUUCAUUACUAUUUUUGCACUGACCUACGGACAGAUGGAUUUAUUUUUUUCCACAAAGGGUGCUAUUAUAACGGAGGCCUUCUCCCACACCUUUUUGCAUGACUUGCUCAAAAAAUCCUCAACUGGUCUGUCAUCUCUCCUAUUCUUCUCCUACUACUCCUCAAACUGUUGCAAAUGGAAGCACUGUACUUUUGUAAUCCCUACUUGUGAGCUUUGAAAUAAACAAGGAGGCUUCAAAUUUG